UUGAAUGCACGCGGACAGUUCGAUUUGAGACACUGUCAACUGUUUCUCGCGUGUAGUUGCCAUACGUAACCUCUUUUUCAUACAGUACAGUCAGUGUGCUAGUUCGUAUCUGAAAUAAAAGACUAAAAACUAUUGAAAGUAAAGAAUAAAGACUAAAAAUGGAUUUAACUGAGGCACCAAAACCAACGAAGGUAAAAACGGCACCAAACCUUGCUGGUAACGAGAAAAUUCAGCCAAAAGAAAAGCACAAAUGUGAACUUGGUGACAAAUGUUUCGUAAACGCCAACGAAUUGAAGCAGCACGCAGAAACUCAUGUCGGCAAAGGUCACACUUGUCCAGUAUGUGGAAAAUCGUUUUCCCGCGCGGAUUAUCGCGAGCAUCAUAUCAACAGUGCACACAAAGGAGAAGUGGUCGAUGGUGUCGUCCGAAAGCCAACCUACGAGCAAAUGUGUGAGAUUUGUAGUAAAGUUUUCCAUCAUUACGGCAAUUUACGGAAACAUAUGAUCCUUCACAGUGGUGAACGACCGUUCAGUUGUACCGAAUGUGGCAAAACAUUUGCAUGGAACCAGCAUCUAAAGUCACACAUGAAAUUGGUGCAUUCCGAUGAGAAAUCGUUCCAGUGUUCAAUAUGCGGCAAAUUAUUUAAUCAUAGUGGCAAUUACAAGAAGCACAUGCGAAUUCAUACGGGCGAGAAGCCCUAUCAAUGUGAAAUUUGCCAAAAACAAUUCGCACAGUCGAGCAAUUACCAGGUG